UCGUCUUGACAGCCCGUCUGUCGGCCGGGCACAUGCGCACGCGCUCACACGCAAGCACAACCCUCAUCGUCCAGAUCAUCACCAUCGUCAUCGCCCUUCAUCAGCACGGGCGUCACGGCGCGCACAUACACACAUAUGCGCACACAUUCACACUCACUCACGCCCGUGCCCGUGCCGCCUCGCUCUGCCGAGGCGCAGGCCGACGCGUUUCAGUGAGUGCGUUUGUCGCCAAGUAUAUGAGUGCAAGUAUGUGCUCGCCCCGUCGCCGCAUUGCACCCUCCCGCGCAUGCGAACAUCGCUCGGCGCAAGUUCCCCCAUCACGGCUGCAGCCUGCUUGAACGCUGUGCCCAAGCACGAAGGAGUCCGGACACGAACGAGCAAGGAGAGCGACGAGAAGAGCGAAGGAAACCGCAAGUCUUGCUCUUCUCUCUUUCUCGGGAUCAGCCGCUGUGCUCGCGCUGCACAGUCACCCCAGCCCAAGGCCCGGCCCCCAUCGCUUCGCUCUGUCUCUCGCUCUGUUCUCGUCACCGCGCAAGGAGUCUGCAGCCUGACCGACCGCCCACGCAUGCUCGCGGCGCACUCUCCUCCCCACUGCCACCACCCGCUCCUCCUUCUCGACUGCCGCCCUGUUUCCUGCGCUCUUCUUCUGCGCUGCUCUGUUCUGCGCAGCUGCUGCUGUUUUGUGCUGGCUGGUCUUGUCCGCUCGUUGUUCUGUUUCACGCUCAACCCAUCCCCAGCUUUUCCUCCCUCUCCGCCCGCCCGUUCACCAAGUCUCUGCUCGUCUCGCUCACCAUUUCCAUUCGCGCUUCGUUUGGAUGGUCAGUCUUACAGGCUUUCCAAGCCCUCGACUUGCUUUUUUUUUCCUGUCAUUCUAGCUCGUUUUAUCCUCCUAACAGUUUUUUGGGUUUUUCACCCCUCCCCCCCCCUCCCCCCAGCCUGGCCAUUUCGUCGAUGCAUCUCCCCAAGCCUCGUACGCCAAACAACACUAACCGCCCGCGCUUGCAGACGACAAGUCUUCCCAACCCCCGACGCCGUCGAAAUUUAUUGUUGUGCACGCACAUACACCCCGUUCCCAGUCUGCGCGCCGAACAGUCGAUCCCGACUUCGUCGCUGAUCACCUGCCUUUCGACGUGGAUACGCUGCCACGCCUUGACCGAGAAGCUCAAGGUCUAAAAGCCGCUCCGAUCCAUUCACAAUCGAUACAGCUUCCGCUUCCGUAGCUAGGACCAGAACGGACUCGAAUCGUCCCAGCAAGAGGCGCAGCCAACCCCAGGCACCGCCUCAAGCAAAACAGCAUCCAAAGGUCGCGCGUUCACGAGGCAGCCGGAGCCACCGAAGCAACGUCGGGUGAGACGACGAAAGUGACGUGAUCGCGACAGCCGCGUCCUUCUUUUAACCUUUUGUCUGCUCGACGCGUUCCUGCUCGCUACAGUUCGUCGCAGACCCCGCACAACCCCAGCGCAGCACGCUCAACAAUCCGCUUGAGCGCGUCGUCACAAUGGAGACGGCAGGCUACCCGUAUCAGCAGCCGCAGUCGCAUGCUGGCCACCACCCUCAAUCGCACAUGCCCGGACCGUACCAAGGUGGUCAGAACGGCGCGCCGAUUACCUCGCCCAGCCAGCAGCCCAUGCCUCCGCCGCAACAGUCCUCGCCGCUCAUGUCGCAGGGCAAUCCGUACGGUCAGCACGGCGCGCCAACCUCCGGACACCACCAAGGUAUGCCGUACAACACCGGCUACGGCAUGCCGCAGAACAUGUCCGUCACCCAGGCCGCGAUGAUGGCCAACGCGGCGGCAGCAGGCCCGCAAUACUACAACAUGCCCGGCCAGGGCUUCCCAAUGCACCAUGACCAGAAGAUGGAUCCGCGGGGCGGCCGACGAACGCCGCCUCCGGGCGGUUUGGCCCAGCAACUACCGCAGCGCCGCAUGAGCCACGUCGGCAGCAGUCCCGGCGUCCAGCAACCGCAAUCUGUCAUGAAUCGACCCCCGACGUCCGGUGGCCCCGUCGAACAGCACCAACCUUCGCCGGAUGUCGGCGGCAGCGCAGAAGACACCCCACUCUACGUCAACGCCAAGCAGUUCCAUCGCAUAUUGAAGAGGAGAUUGGCUCGGCAGAAGCUGGAAGAGCAGUUGCGACUGACCUCGAAAGCACGGAAGCCGUACCUGCACGAGUCCAGGCACAACCAUGCGAUGCGAAGACCUCGCGGCCCCGGUGGCCGCUUCCUCACCUCGGAUGAAGUUGCAGAGCUGGAGCGCAAGAAGGCGCAGGAGGCGGGCACGGCCGUGCCUGAGGAAUUUGACAAGGAGAACAAGGGUACCUCCAGUGGCAAGCGUAAGGCUGACGCCGGCCCCAGCGGCUCAUCGAAGAAAGCUAAGAGCGGUGGCCCAGUCAAACAACUCGACGCCGACGAGGACGACGACGAUGACGAAGCCAGCGACGGUUGAUCAGCUUGCCGCUCCCGCCGCCGCCACUGCUGCUCCCUCCUUCAAACCCCCCUUAACCCAAACCUCCCCUCCUACCUUGAUCAGUCGAGGUCUCUCGCUGCUCUCAACUCCAUUCCGUCUGUGAGAACAUCUCCCAAAUUGUUAUGACGUUAUGAAGAGCGACAUAUUUGUGUUCCAGUUUUCCGCCUCUUCCUCGUUUAAACACCGCUUCCCCACACCUUGGACCAACACUCUUCUUCAUUCGACCUGUAGGUUCUGUUUAGUAAAUAUCUGUCACGACUUCGAUUCGUACCUGGGGAACGCACAGAGACACAAAGAAAAAAAAACCACAAACAUACAUACAAAGCAGUUCCUUUCCCCCACCCCCCCCCCCCCCC